AUGGUCUCAGCUUCCAACAUUCAGCCACCAGACUAUUCUGGCACCGACGACCCGUCAAAGCCCACCACAGUGCUUAUUCUUCCAUCUUUCACUUUCAUAGACUCCGUGUCCCAAGCCGAUGUGCCAGACCUCAUCCACCGGUUUGUCGACAGCCCUGUCACCGAGAAGAGCGGGAUCGGCCCUGUGACACCUACCAGUCAUAUGGCGGCCCGGCCCUGCGAACUCGAUUACGUCGUGCUCUUAUGCUCCCAUCGCCGACGAGAUGCCCGCUGCGGUAUCACAGCCCCGUUAAUCAAGCGCGAACUUGAACGCCAUCUCCGCCCCCUUGGACUGGACCGGGACGCAGAUGAUUCACGCCCUGGCGGUGCAGGCAUAUUCUUUGUUUCGCAUGUUGGUGGGCAUAAGUUCUCGGCAAAUGUGUUGAUAUAUCGCAAGAAGGACCAACAGAUGAUCUGGCUCGCGCGCGUUCGCCCGGAGCAUUGCGAAGGAAUUGUGAAGUACACUCUGCUGCAAGGCAAGGUCGUCCACCCCGAGGAUCAGCUGCGUGGGGGCUUUGACCGGUGCCGCGGAGUAACUAGCUGGUAA